ACAAUACACAAUGCCUUUUGGGACCAUCGUAAGGAGCAACUAUCAGCUACUCUCCCGGACUUCAGUUGUGCUCUUGAACUUCUGAAAGAAAUUAAAGAGAUCUUGCUAUCACUGCUAUUACCACAUCAGAACCACCUAAGAAAUGAGAUCAAAGAAGCUCUGGACAUGGACCUUCUCAAGCAAAAAGCAGAUCAGAGGACCCUGAAUGUCCUUCAGCUCUCUCAGUACAUUCUCAGCAUGAUGACUUUACUGUGUGCACGAGUUCGAGAUGAAGCAGUGCAGAAACUAGAGAACGUUACAGACCCUGUUCAGUUACUGAGUGGGAUCUUCCAAGUUCUAGGCCUGAUGAAAAUGGACAUGGUGAACUACACUAUCCAGAGCCUUCAACCCCAUCUGCAGGAACAUUCCAUUCAGCAUGAAUGGGCUAAAUUCCAAGAACUCCUCAACAAGCAGCCUAGCCUCCUUGAUCACACCACCAAAUGGCUGACGCAGGCGGUGGCAGAGCUCUCCACACCACCUCUGACUUCCCCUGACACUCCUGACUCCUCUCCAAAUGAGACAGCCAGCAGCCCAGAGCCCCUCAGCCCCACAGCGGUGCUGUCCCAGGGCUACCUGUAUCUUCUCUGGGACCCUGAAAAUGAAGAGUUCCCUGAGACUCUGCUGACAGACACAACCCGGCUGCAGGAACUGCAGUCCCAGUUGUACCAGUUAACCAUUCUGGCCUCGGUCUUGCUAGUGGGCAGUAGUUUCUCUGGGCGUGUCCUGUUUGGUUCGCCUCAGUUUGUGGAUAAGCUGAAACGUAUAACCAAAGCCCUGAUGGAGGAGUUUAACUCCAGGCCUGAGGAGGCUGUGCUGCCUGUGAGCAAGCAGGUGUCUCAGGAAAUCCAUCAAAGCCUCAAGAACAAUGGCCUUGCUGCUCUGAGCAAUGACAACACAGCAUCUCUGAUAGGACAAUUUCAGAACAUUGCCAAGAAGGAGGACUGUGUCUGCAGUGUCUCACUGUCUUUUCCUGCUCACAGAUCAGCAGAUCCAUUUGUUUCUCAAAUGCCAUUUGGUUCUUGGUGUGCAGUGGUCUCUGUUAGACCUUCCUGGAGGCCUUACUGUCAUUGAGGCAGAACUAGUAGAACUGGGCCAAAAGUUUGUCAACCUGACACAUUACAAUUGGCAGGUGUUUGGUCCUUACUACAUGGAGAUCCUAAAAACCCUCAUCACCCCAGCCCAGGCACUGGAAACUGAAGUGGAGUCUCUUUGAUAGCACCAGCUCCAAGCCCUGGCACUUUGGACCCAGGAGAGAAGCCCAUCAUUUUCCUGGGGUGACACACCAGUGGCCACCAGAGCAGCAAGCCCUUCUUCCCUCCUGCAGCAAGUACACCAGCACCAUAGUGAUGAAGCAUGUAAACACCAACUGGCCCAAACUCAUUCACUAAUAAACUCCUGAACUGCAAGCAAACCUCCACUCUUCCUGUACUGCAGCUGUGGCCAGGUUCCCAACUAGGAGAGAAGCCAGCAGGUCCCCAGUUUUUCCUCUACUGGUUAGGUGCUCUCUUUAGCAUACAGAGCUGAGAAGCCAAGAUGCCCAGGUGCUAGCAUUACUUUCUGUAAGGGUAAAGCAUUUCUCUGAGGGCUCUGAGAACUCUCAGUAUAUCCAAAAUGUGAGUACAAGGGCAUCUCUGGAAGUCAGAAACUUGUUUUGUUCAGUUCACUUCAGGAUUGGGCAUGGUUGAAAGAAGUUACUAGAAACCUCAUUUCCAGGAUGAGGUUCUUCUGAAGGUUUUAAAUGAUGCAACAAGAAGUCAAGAAAUAGUAAGACCCUCCAUCUUCCUUUUCUGUUACAAGGUCUGAAGCAGUGUGCAAACUGGGGCUGGAUGAAAUGGGUG